CAUAACCCUGCGAUGCGCUCCCGCGUUUGAUUCGGCUGAAGAAAGGUAAAUUAAAUUGUGACCCACUAUUAAAAAUAUGGAGUUUAUAAAAGAGGAGAGAGAAGACAUGAAGAUUGAAGAAACAUUCAGAGUCAAACAAGAAGAUACUGAGGAACAAACAGACCUGAUGGCACUGAAAGAGGAGAGUCAAGAACCGAAUGAGACGAAAGACAAAGAUCAAAAUAAGAAACAUCAUUAUUUCAAAACUGAAGAAGAACCGAUUCGUUGCUCAGAGAGUGAAAAGACUUCCUCAUCAAAAAAAGCUAAAAAAACACAAACUAUAAACCUUAAUUUCAAAACGAGAAUUCAUACUGGAGAGAAACCUUUAACCUGCCAACAGUGUAGAGAAGAUUUCAAUCGAGAAGAAAGCCUUAAAUCCCACAAGAAAAUGCACACUGAAAAGAAACCAUUCAUAUGCCCUUUCAUAUGUGGAAAGAGAUUUUCACAGAAAUAUCACCUUAAUGUCCACAUGAUCAUUCACACUGGAGAGAGACCUUACACCUGUAAACUGUGUGGGAAGAGUUUUACACGAAAUCAAGAUCUUAAGAAUCACGUGAGAGUUCACACUGGAGAGAAACCUUACAUGUGUAAUCAGUGUGGAAAGAGAUUUUCACAGAAAUGUCACCUUAAUUCUCACGUGAUCAUUCACACUGGAGAGAGACCAUACACCUGUAAACUGUGUGGGAAGAGUUUUACACGAAAUCGAGAUCUUAAGACUCACGUGAGAGUUCACACUGGAGAGAAACCUUACAUGUGUAAUAAGUGUGGAAAGAGUUUUAAACAAAAUAGUCACCUUAAUGCCCACAUGAGAAUUCACACUGGAAAGAAGCCUUACACCUGCGAACAGUGUAGGAAGGGUUUCACACGGAAAGCAGCAUUGAAGACUCACAUGAUAAUUCACACUGGAGAGAAAUCUUACAUAUGUAAUCCGUGUGGAAAGGGCUGUACACAGAAUAGUCCCCAUUAAGAUCUACAUGACAAUUCACACUGGAGAGAAGCCUUUCAACUGCAAACUGUGUGGGAAGAGAUUUAAAGGAAGCAUUAACUAUAAAAUUAAUUCAAGAGGAAACUGUUUUUAAUGUCAUCAUUGUGGAAUUGAGAAUUGAGAUUCAUGUGAGAGUUAACACAGGAGAGAAUCCUUGCAAGCAUUUUCAGUCUUAAAAGAUCAGAAAUCAAAGCAGCAUGAAACGUCACAUGAAAACUUAUUCUGAGAAGGAAAGUCCAUUUUCCUCAGAGUGACUAGGCUUACAAAAGGAGGAUUUUUCUACAAUCAUCUGUGCUAUCAUUCUGAAAGGCAUUCAAUUGUAUUCAAAGUAAUAAAACAUUUUCUAUCUAA